UUUCUUCUCUUCCUUCUUUGGUUCAUGGCGUUGGCCCCACUCGUCGGCAGCAAGCACGUCAAGAGCAUGGGCUUGGGCACCUACCUUGUUCAGGAGCACGGCAAGAGCCAGUACGGCAACAGGGUGACAAUCGUGCUGCCGGACACGGAAGGGAAGGGUGGCUGCGUCAAGUGCACCUGCAGAGUCCCUACCAGGUUCCACCUCCUGUGCCAGGACGCCCUCGCGGUGUUGAAAUCAAUCGACAGGCUUGACUGCACGAGGGCGCUUAUUGAUAGCGGGUACACCCUGGCUUCCUACAGGGUGCUCCACAGCCACCCCGACUAUCUCGUCGUACUUACGAUCUGGUCAGAGCUUUCCAAGGGCGACCUCCUGCCCCCGCGGCAGGUGACCCGGCAAGCUGGUGCUCCGAAGAAGAACCGUGGCCCCCGGCAGCGUUCCCGAUUCCCUGGUCGCAACGACAACUNGGCGGGGGCGGCAACUCUGAGCCCGUCCCGGUUGUGGGGGCGGCUCGCGGUUCAGCGUUACGGCUCACAAGGCGCUUCCGGCCUCGACCACGCAGCGGGGGCGGGGGCCAGGUCAGGCGCUAUGCUGAGUCAAUCCCAAGGCUCCAUCGACCUGUCGUAGCUCAAGUGGUUCGACUCGUAGCUCA